AUGGCUUUUAUUCAUCGAAAUCCAGGUGAGGUGCUUCUCAGCUUUAGGACAGCAGUUGUUAAUUCUGAUGGAAUCCUAUUACAGUGGAGGCCAGAGGAUCCUGACCCAUGUAAAUGGAAAGGAGUGAAAUGUGAUCCGAAAACCAAAAGAGUAACACAUCUGAGUCUAUCUCACCAUAAGUUAAGUGGGUCUAUAUCACCUGACCUUGGGAAGCUUGAGAAUAUGAGGGUUCUUGCGCUUCAUAACAACAACUUCUAUGGGACAAUUCCGUCAGAAUUGGGAAAUUGCACUGCAUUGGAGGGAAUAUUUUUACAGGCAAUGUAUCAACCAAUUUUCUGGUCGGACCUAUACCUUCUGAUGGUGUCCUUGGCAACUUUACUGGAAGCUCGUAACUUUGUUGGAAAUCGUGGUUUGUGUGGAGUUAAAAUCAAUUCAACAUGUAAAGAUGAUGGUUCACCGGGUGCCAAUGCUCCAUAUACUUCCUCAGAUCAAAAUCAAAUGGGAAAGAAGAAAUAUUCUGGCCGGCUGCUCAUCAGUGCAUCAGCAACUGUCGGAGCUCUACUUUUGGUCGCACUUAUGUGCUUCUGGGGUUGUUUUCUUUACAAGAAGUUUGGUAAAAACGACAGCAUAAGCCUGGCAAUGGAUGUUGGUGCAGGUGCAUCGAUUGUGAUGUUUCAUGGAGACCUACCAUAUUCUUCUAAAGACAUCAUUAAGAAACUAGAGACUUUGAAUGAAGAACACAUAAUAGGGAUUGGGGGAUUUGGAACUGUUUACAAGCUUGCAAUGGAUGAUGGGAAUGUCUUUGCUUUGAAAAGGAUUGUAAAGUUGAAUGAAGGGUUUGAUCGAUUUUUUGAGAGGGAGCUUGAAAUUCUUGGUAGCAUCAAACAUCGUUAUCUAGUGAACUUACGAGGAUAUUGCAAUUCACCAACGUCAAAGUUGUUAAUAUAUGAUUACCUACCAGGUGGUAGUCUGGAUGAAGCCCUUCAUGAAAGAGCUGAGCAACUAGACUGGGAUUCACGCUUGAAUAUAAUCAUGGGAGCUGCAAAAGGGCUUGCCUACUUGCACCAUGAUUGUUCCCCUAGGAUUAUACACCGAGACAUAAAAUCCAGCAACAUUUUACUUGAUGGAAACUUGGAUGCUCGAGUAUCUGAUUUUGGACUUGCAAAACUGCUGGAGGAUGAAGAAUCUCACAUCACCACUAUUGUUGCCGGAACAUUUGGUUAUCUAGCUCCAGAGUAUAUGCAAAGUGGCAGAGCAACUGAGAAGUCUGAUGUGUAUAGCUUUGGUGUGCUGACACUUGAAGUGCUGAGCGGAAAGCGGCCAACAGAUGCAGCAUUCAUUGAAAAAGGUCUCAAUAUUGUUGGUUGGUUGAAUUUUCUAAUUACCGAAAAUAGGCCGAGGGAGAUUGUUGACCCACUAUGUGAAGGGGUGCAAGUGGAGAGCCUUGAUGCCUUGCUCUCUGUGGCUAUUCAGUGUGUCUCCUCAAAUCCAGAAGAUCGACCCACUAUGCACCGAGUAGUGCAAUUGUUCGAAUCAGAGGUCGUAACUCCAUGCCCUAGUGACUUCUAUGACUCCAACUCCGAUUAG